AUGGCUAGCCCACUGCUGAUGAAGCUUACCUCCAUUGCCUUGAUGUGGAUGGUAUUGGGUAGUCCUAUGGCAGAAGGUGCUCUUUCUUGUGGCGCAGUGCAAUUCGCAGUGGCACCAUGCCUUGGGUACCUGAGAGCUGGUGGUGGAGCUGUCCCUGCAGCAUGUUGCAACGGGGCUAGAAGCGUGUACAACCAAGCCAAGACCACCCUUGAUCGUCAAGGAGUGUGUAGGUGCCUCAAAUCCGUUGUGAACUUUCCUGGACUCAAUCUUGCAACCCUUGCAGCCCUCCCUGGCAAGUGUGGGAUCAACUUGCCCUACAAGGUCACCCCCUCCGUUGACUGCAACAAGUGCGAUAAGCUGAGCAGCUUGCAUGAACCUUUACGUUUGUUGACUACUUGUUUCGUGGUGAUACGAGCAUAG